GAGGGAAAGGACUCCAGAGUGGGGAAGGGGCAGCCCUCGACACUUCACUGAAUUCAGAAGCUGUAAAUAAACACAGGCUUUAUUACACGGUUAUCAGUCUAGGGAUAGUCUGCAGACAAGCAGUGACCAUGUGUGGAGAGGGAGGAAUUUCAAACGUCUAAGCGCAUUUGCAGGAUUCAGAGGAAGACGAACAGUAAAGAAGAGAGCUCCAGACAUAUUUUCCUUCGCUAUAUUCACGUAAUAUCGCUCCAACUAUUGGUGAUUUCGUCAGGUUUUCAUUCCGAGAAUCGAAACAGAUACGGCGACGAAUUCGGAUUUUAAGUUGGAUUCCAUUUCAUACAAGGAUGAAUCUGUUUGUUUACGUAUGUUUCCGUACUCAAGGACAGAACGGACCAUAACCAAUAAUGGUACCAGGGAACACUGUUUGUCUGCUGUCCAUGCAAUGACUGUUGUCUGCUGAUAAACGCCGAAGACUGUUAGUAGUUUUAGUAUUUAUUGGAAGAGGAUAUGGACAUGUUGGGAUUAGCUCCAGCGCAUUGAAGGGAAUUUCGCUAUUUAUGCUAAGCGAAUAUUUCUUGUUUGAGUACUGUGGCGGCGGGGGUGGUGGUCGUCAGUGACUGUCUUGCAGUUUCAUCCAUACCAUCACGACGAGCAAGAUUAUAUUUGAACACCAUGGUGGUUUUCAAUGGGAUGUUGAAGAUAAAAGUCUGUAAGGCUUUGGACUUAAAGCCCACAGCAUGGUCAUUGAGACACGCAGUUGGCGUAAAAUCACAGACCUUUCUGUUGGACACAUACAUCGCCCUGAACGUGGAUGAUUCACGCGUGGGUCAAACAUCUACCAAGCAGAAGACCAACAGUCCGGCGUGGAAUGAUGAGUUUGUGACCGAGGUAUAUGACGGGAAGAAAAUUGAACUGUCUGUCUUCCACGACGCUCCAAUCGGAUACGACGAUUUUGUUGCCAAUUGCACAAUACAGUUUGAGGAUCUGUUGCACAACGGCAGUAGACACUUCGAAGACUGGAUUGACUUGGAGCCAGAGGGAAAGGUGUUCGUCAUUAUUGACCUGUCGGGGUCGUCAGAGGAAGUUGCCAACGACAAUGAGGAGCGUGUGUUCCGUGAGCGGAUGCGUCCUCGGAAGAGGCAGGGGGCCGUGCGCAGGAGGGUCCACCAGGUCAACGGACACAAGUUUAUGGCCACCUACCUGAGGCAGCCCACCUACUGCUCACACUGCAGAGACUUCAUCUGGGGGGUGUUGGGGAAACAAGGGUACCAGUGCCAAGUUUGUACAUGUGUGGUCCACAAACGUUGCCAUGAGCUCAUCAUCACCAAAUGUGCCGGAAUGAAGAAUCAGGAAGACGCUCCUCAGGAGGUGGGCUCCCAGAGGUUCAGUGUGAACAUGCCACACAAGUUCCGAAUCCACAACUACAAGGUCCCCACCUUCUGUGAUCACUGUGGCUCUCUGCUGUGGGGCUUGAUGAGGCAGGGCCUUCAAUGCAAAGUCUGCAAGAUGAAUGUGCACAGGCGCUGUGAUAGUAACGUGGCUCCAAACUGUGGCGUGGAUGCAAGAGGUAUUGCCAAAGUUCUUUCUGAUCUGGGCGUCACUCCAGACAAGAUAUCCAACAACACACAGAGGAGGAAAAAACUGAACUUGGUCCAAGAAUCUCACCACUGCCCAGCGGAAAUUCCUACAACGGAUCACGACCGCUGUCAAUCAGCGCCUGCCUCCCCCUGCGAUCAGGACCUGGGUGAUCUUGUGAAUAUCCACAAGACUUUGUCCUUUGUCAGUCAGUGUGUGAACGAUCCCCAAUCCACAUCAUCCUCAUCAACAACAACGUCAGGAAGUAGCUCAGACACACGACAAAAUGGCGAUGUGCAGUCCUUACAGAGCAAGCGGAGUCUGAUGGACUUCAGCUUCAUCAAGGUCCUAGGAAAGGGCAGCUUUGGCAAGGUGAUGCUGGCAGAGUUGAAGGGUACGGACGAGGUUUACGCUGUGAAGGUCCUCAAGAAGGACGUGAUCCAGCAGGACGAUGACGUGGACUGCACUCUGACAGAGAAGCGCAUCCUCGCCCUGGCCAGGAAGCACCCCUACCUGACCCAGCUCUUCUGCUGUUUCCAGACCAAGGAUCGCUUGUUUUUCGUCAUGGAGUAUGUGAACGGAGGAGACCUCAUGUUCCAGAUUCAGCGCUCGCGGAAGUUUGAUGAGCCUCGCUCGCGCUUCUAUGCUGCCGAGGUCACCUCUGCCCUCAUGUUCCUGCACCAGAAUGGAGUCAUUUACAGAGACUUGAAGUUGGACAACAUUCUACUGGAUGCAGAGGGCCACUGUAAACUGGCAGACUUUGGGAUGUGUAAAGAGGGCAUCCUGGAUGGAGUGACCACCACCACCUUCUGUGGCACCCCAGACUACAUCGCACCGGAGAUCCUUCAGGAGUUGGAGUAUGGGCCGUCGGUGGACUGGUGGGCGCUCGGUGUGCUGAUGUAUGAGAUGAUGGCGGGGCAGCCUCCCUUCGAGGCCGACAACGAGGACGACCUGUUUGAGUCCAUCCUCCAUGACGACGUGCUCUACCCCGUCUGGCUCAGCAAAGAGGCCGUCAACAUCCUCAAAGCGUUCAUGACCAAGAACCCCAGCAAGCGGCUGGGCUGUGUGCUGUCCCAGGGGCUGGAGGAGGCCAUCAAAGUGCACCCCUUCUUCAAAGACAUCGACUGGGUCCUGCUGGAGCAGAGAAGAGUCCGGCCUCCUUUUAAGCCUCGAAUUAAAACCAAACGAGACGUGAAUAACUUUGAUCAAGAUUUCACCCGAGAAGAUCCCGUUUUGACACCUGUGGAAGACGAGAUCAUCAAACAGAUUAACCAGGAGGAGUUUAAAGGAUUUUCUUAUUUUGGAGAGGAAACUGUCUCCUAAGUUUUUUUUUCCCACUGCAUUUUUGCACAAUACUCCUCUGAAUAUAUGCCCCCCAGACACACACACACACACACACACACACACACACACACACACACACACACACACACACACACACACACACACACACACACACAAAGGUCACAUGCUCAAAACCAACAAAAUUAGGAAAAUAAUGGCUCCCAGCUGGCUUACCAUCAUUCAUGUCUAGGAAAUGAAUCGAUUCGUUCGCAAACGUCAUCACACACACACACACACACACACACACACACACACACACACACACACACACACACACACACACACACACACACACACACACACACACACACACACACACACACACUGUACAUACAUCAUUCACAGAUGCAUACACACAUACACACUCCUCUGCAUAUGAAACAAAUACAUAUGUUGUUACUGGGUGCUCAGUUAGCUCCAGGGUCCCUUGAAAUACAAUCCAUGGAAAGAUGGAACAUGAACUGGUGUUAUUUCUCUGACUUUAUUGCAGUUGAACACUAAAAAAAAACCUUUUUCGUUCCAUAAAUGGCUGGGAUGUUUGCUACUUACAAUGUUACAGACGGUGAGGUGAAACUAUGAUGGUUUUUAAAAUGAUUUUGAAAAUGCACUACCUGUUACCAAAACAGAGAUACCAAUGAUUGUACGAGGGCACAGAACCCAUUCCCUGUUUUACCAGUUACACAUUGCAAUUUGCUCUUUAGACAACGUAGAGCCAAAGCUGUAUCUUUUUUUUCUUUUAAAUUCAUUGUCUAAAGGGGUACUCUACUCUACUCUCUAACUUCGUCUGCAUGAGUGACAGUGACAUUUUGCGGUGCACAUGCCUUUAAUUUAAAAAAAAAAAGAAAGACCACUUGAGGCAAAUGAAUAGUCCAGGCAACAAGAGCCAAUUGACAAAAUAGAAGACAACAUUCCUGUUGAAACUGAAAUUCUGUUAAAAUUGUGCCAGUGCAUAAGUUAAUGCAUAUUCUGACCAUUUGACCACAAAGCAACUCAACAUUCUUACAUUCUGUGUUGUUUGGACCGUAUAGUUCUUUGAACAUGUUUCUUGUUCAAAUGGGUUUGAAGCACUGAGCUCCAAAUGGUUUUAGCACCAUGGCACUGACAUAACAUUGGUACUUGUCAUCUGGACUAUAAAUUGUCUUUAUAUGAACUGUUUUCUUUGUGUGAUGAAAAGAAAAGACGUGGUUGGCUACGGUUGUAUUGUGAGGCCAUGUGUGUAGGCUACAUGUGUAAUAGGGAGGCAUGUAUGAGAGGGUACAGUACAGGCACUGUGCAUGGGGCUGCAUGCAUGUGAUGUCUGAGUUCCUAUUUCUGCACUAUGGGUGCAUCUUUUGGAGGUUUGUGCCUGCUGCGCCUGGCUUGUGUAGUCUUGUGGCGGCGUGGCUAUGUGUGGCUGUGGAUUGUACAGACAGUAAUAGAACUUCUCUUGGCCACCAACACAAAUAAUCCCUCCGUAGCCUAUUGAAAACCUGCACAGAAAUGAGAGGUGGGGUUGUUCCUGAGUUCUGUGUUCUGCGUGUUACAAUGUAACAAGGCAGACAUAGAUGGGUCAUUCAAAGCCCUCAUCGAACUCUCAGUUCAGAACUCACCGAGGUAAAGAAAAUGUGCUUGUUCUGUAUGUGUGCUUCACGUGGAUGGUCAGACACUAGCUUCCCCAGUGACCUGGCGACAGCCUCCGAUGCUUUCUCACUGUCACCAAAAGCUCACACAGAGUGUAUACAGUGUUUCUCAUCGACUUUGCAUGCAUCACUCACUGCAUUUUGAGCCUGACAUGGCUGGCUUCUGUCAGUGGGAUGCACAUCUGUUGGUGCGAUCUGUGCAACAAUCAUGUUGAGGAAUGUUCUAAUCGAGGAAUGGUGUGAAACUAUGUUUUUGAUCCCCUGCAUAUGAAAAAAAACAUUGGAAUACUACUUUUUUACUCUUGCGUUUACAUGUUUGCUUUACUCAUUCGGCCUACAGUGGUAUCCAAAACUAGGGCAAGGAGAUUUCGUUUGUCUUGUGUGCCACAAUCAUUUCAAUUUCUGAGGACGUGAAGACAUGAAUCUCAGGCGCACUAAUUAAACGCAGCAUGACAAAGAACACCUAUUCUUAUGGGCUACAUGUUUUUAUCUCAUUUCCUAUUUUUUCUAUUGAUAUUUUAGACUCUUUUUUGCCUGCUAUGUUGUGCAUCUAUUUCAAAUGUCUAACCACCAUGGAUUAUUCAGUAUAUGGAUCCCCCAUUGCAACAAACGUGGAGGAAAUGGCCACUGGAAUUCACCAACUACGCUAUGGCAUCAGCACAUCAAGUCCAAUCAAUCAGGCUGGUGGGAGCAUGAAUGAUGCAAAAAAACAAAAACAAAAAAGCUGUCACCUCCCUCAUCUUUGUGUCCUUUUGCUUUUAACAAUCCUUAUCUUUUCUUUCCUACAUUUUAUUGUAAAUGAAACUGAUUUUUUGAAGUAUAGUAUAUUAUAAUGUUGUCUGUCUUGGAGUCAAAGAUAUACAUAAGAAUUACCUCUUAAAUUAAGUGCAAAAUGUUUUUUGGAUGAAUAUUAAAUAUUUUGUUCAUACAGUAUUACAAAAUACAUCUUUGUUUUGAUAUCUGUCUGGUAUGUAUGAUAUAUAUGGCAGUGUUUCCUGUCUAGUGAAUUCUCUGUGCAGAGUUAGCAUUUUUGCUUAGCUGUAUCUUGUGUGAAAGAUUUAUGUGCCAAAAAUACUGUAUGCUUAAAAGAUGUGAAUGUGCUCGGUAUAUUAUGAAUCCUAUUAAAUAAGUAAAA